CCCCGUGGCGCGCGCUGGGGGGUGCUCGAGGUGGAGCCCCGGCGGCUGAAGGAGGUGGCUGUGGCGGCGGAGGCGACAAGUCCCAGCCGGACCAAGUCUCCAUUGUCCCCAGAAGCCUGGAAUGGGUAAUGGUGUGAAGGAAGGCGCGGUGCGAUUGCAGGAGGAUGCCGAGGCCAUCCUGUCCCCACCUAUCUCUUCAAAGAGUGAUCACAGGCAAGUGCUCAGCUCCCUCUUGUCCGGGGCCCUGGCUGGCGCUCUUGCCAAAACGGCAGUAGCUCCCUUGGACCGAACCAAAAUCAUCUUUCAAGUGUCUUCAAAAAGAUUUUCUGCCAAGGAGGCCCUCCGGCUGCUCUAUUUCACCUACCUCCACGAGGGCUUCCUCAGCCUGUGGCGUGGGAACUCGGCCACCAUGGUGCGCGUGGUGCCCUACGCUGCCAUCCAGUUCAGCGCACAUGAAGAGUACAAGCGAGUCCUGGGCCGCUACUAUGGCUUCCAUGGAGAAGCCCUGCCCCCUUGGCCUCGCCUCCUCGCAGGGGCACUCGCUGGAACCACAGCUGCUUCAAUUACUUACCCCCUGGAUCUGGUCCGAGCCCGCAUGGCCGUGACCCCAAAGGAAAUGUACAGCAACAUCUUUCAAGUCUUCAUCCGCAUCUCCCGGGAAGAGGGGCUGAAGACCCUCUACCAUGGCUUCACGCCCACCGUGCUGGGGGUCAUCCCCUAUGCUGGGCUGAGCUUCUUCACAUAUGAGACACUCAAGAGCCUGCACAGAGAAUACAGUGGCCACCGGCAGCCCUACCCCUUCGAGCGCAUGAUCUUCGGGGCCUGCGCAGGCAUCAUAGGGCAGUCAGCCUCGUAUCCGCUGGACGUGGUGCGGAGGCGCAUGCAGACAGCCGGCGUCACAGGCCACCCGCGCACCUCCAUCGCCUGCACUCUGCGUGCCAUCGUGCAGGAGGAGGGUUUGGUGCGUGGCCUCUACAAGGGCCUGAGCAUGAACUGGCUCAAGGGCCCCAUCGCCGUGGGCAUCAGCUUCACCACCUUUGACCUCAUGCAGAUCCUGCUGCGGCGCCUGCAGAGCUAGGGACUCACACUUGGCGGCUCUUGAGUCAGGGAGCCAAGCUCCAGCACACAGAGGACUGCUGACCCCUAAUGUUUGGGAGACUGGGGAGUGAGGGAACCCUUGGCUCUGACCCAGAGCCACAUGGGAGCGCCUUGUGGAACAAGCAGGUGGGCCAGGGGGCCUGGGAUCAGCGCCCAUGGGUCCUCAAGGAAAGCCAGGGGCCCUUGAAGUGCAGUAUUGGAACAAGUGAGCACCCCCCUUUCCUCUUCCCUCCUCCUGUGGGGCUGGCCCUGCCUCCCAGAGUUGCCUCCCCAACACCCUGAUACCAGAGUGACCAGUGCCGCCUCCUGGCAUUCUGUGCUCUUGGACAUGCUCCUGGUUCUUGUGAGCCUGUGCCCCCUGGGCCCAAAGCCAGACUCCUGCCCAUUGGCCCCGUCCGUGCUCAGAGCAGAGGAGCUGGAGAAUGUGGGAGAGUCUGCCUUGCCUGUCCAUGAUGGGACCAGUCUCCUACUCAGCGUGGGCUACAAAUGCAGCCUGUUGCCUGCCCUGCCCCUCCCCACCACUGUCUUGCCUUUAUUUCCCCGGUGACAUGACUCCCCACUUCCCACAGCCUUCUGCUUUGGAGCCUUCUCUGAGUGUUACCCUGAUCCUCACUCCACACCGUGGUGGGCCCUGGGGCCAGUCCUCCCCUCUGUAGGAUGCCCCACAGUUGCACUCACAGAGGCAGAGCCUCGGGCCCUGACCCUCAGCCCAUAAGCACCCGUGGGCGUCUGGGGGGACCUGUAGCAUCUGGUACAUCCUUGGCUCCCCACUUGAGCGGGUGCUUGGCCUGGUUAUGGGGAAAUUUAAGGACUACGGGGCUGUCUGAUUUCCAUGAAUGGAAUGAAUGGUGGUGGCUGGCAGCUGCAAUCCUCCCCAAAUGAAAGCCCAUGUCAGUGUGUGGCCUGUGGUAGGAAGCUCAGGAGAUUCGAGGUACCAUAGGACACCCCCAAGUAUCUGGUCUUGCAGAGAAGUUCCUGGGCCCCCUCUGUGUCACAGGGACUCAGAAACACCCAUUUCCUAAUGAUGUUUGGAGAUUCUUGACUUUGGUUUUAAAAUUUGGCCGACCCUGUGCCUAACCAGCCCAGUCUGGUGUCAGGACAAGGCUGGCCCAGCCCACAAUGUGAGAAAUGGUCUGUGUGCUUGCCUCACGUGCAUUUCCAGUCGUGACUGUGACUUCUUCGUUCUGUUCCAUGUCUGUUCUUGCCUUGGACCUGUGAGGUGCCUUUUCUUGCAUGUGUUCGCUGGCCAGCCCUAGUAUCAUUCCCAGACUCUUGUCCCCAGGGGCCCAAGCAGCCUGUGAUCCUGUCCUGUUGGGUGUCUCACCACUCCCAGUCUUGCCCAGUGCUCAGGAGAGGCAGGGGCACACUUCACAGGGAGACAGGAUGGAGGCCCAAGGGCCCUGGGCCAGAGAGAGCAUCAGGAACUGGGGGUCCACCCCAGGCAAGUGAGACCAGGUGGCUGGUUAGGCGGCACCCUCCUUUGAGCUGCAGGGUGGGCAGCAGUAGGACGGCCCUCCAGGUCCUGCUGUCUCCCAUGUGCCUCCCCAAGGUGGCUCCCAGCCCCUGGGCCUCACUAGCGCCACCACCACUCCCCCAGCCCCCACACAGGGCCUGGCUGGCACCCUCCAUGGUCAUACCCCUCCCCACCGGCUGCCUGUCCCGGUCUGGAGUUAUUUUGAUGCCAUGAAGACACUUUGUUUAUAAAUAAUGUUUAUAUAUUUUAAAGAUUUGUGCCAAGAGAGUAUAUUUAAUAAAAAUUAAAAUGACUUUUC